AUGAAGCUUGAUCAAAUAUCAAUUGCCGAAAUAUUGGAAGGGUUGAAGAACGGAGAUUUCUCAAGUGAAGAUCUCGUCAGAACCUACAUUAAACGUAUCGAGCAAGUCAAUGCUACUGUCUGUGUCGUCAGUGAGAUCAACCAAAAUGCUCUCAAAAUUGCUAGAGAAAAGGACGAGGAACGAUCACGCGGCUUGGCUCGAGGAAUUCUUCACGGAGUACCAAUUCUAAUCAAGAAUUUAUUCUUCACAACUGAUGGCCUUAAAACCACUUUUGGCUGCACGGGGUUUCUUGAAGCCAUUUCAAGCAUCGAAGCGACAACAAUCAUCAAGCUCAGGGAGCAAGGUGCAAUCAUAUUAGGAAUAGCAAAUGGCUCUCAAUGGGCAAACUUCCGAUUCACUCCUGGUUGGUCUGCUGUAGGGGGUCAGUGUCUUGGUAUAUAUCAUAGAGAUCAGCAUCCUCAAGGUUCAUCAUCCGGUAGUGCUGUAGGGACUGCUUUGGGACUCUGCGCUGCUGCGUUAGGAUCUGAGACCUGUGGUAGUUUGAUAUUGCCCGCGCAAAAAUCCGCAGUAGUGGGACUAAAACCAACGGUUGGUUUGACUUCGAGAUAUGGAUUAUAUAGCGCAAGCGAGAGUCAAGAUACUGUAGGGGUAUUGGCGAGGAGUGUAAAGGAUGCCGCACUUGUGUUGACUGCGAUUGCGGAUAAAAACGACCCUCCCUCGAUUGUGGAUCCUAGAGAUUUGAUAUGUUCCCGGAAACCAAUUGAAGUUCCAGAUUUCACAAAGGCAUGCAUUUCUCGAAGGCUAGAUGGCAUACGAAUGGCAGUACCCCGCCACCUUUUCAAGAAUGUUGAUUCUACCACCAUGCAUAUUUUCACAAAUGCAAUCAAUACCAUGAAAUCUCUAGGCGCAAUUAUCAUGGAUCCAGCUUCAUACUCCAGAUUUGACGCUGAUCGAUCAUCCUGCACUGGCGAUGAGUACGACCUCGCUUUACGAAUAGAUAUCUAUCAUAACAUCAAGAAAACCCUCCUACACUUCUCCACCAACCCCUACUCCCUUCACACCCUCUCAGACAUCAUAUCCUACACUCUCGCCACUCCCGCAGAAGAGGCCUCUACGCGCGGCUACUCAUUCUUUGCAUCAUGUCUGCAUGCCGGCCAGACAUAUUCACGCAAUAGUGAAGAAUACCUAAAUUCCAAGGCCGAGAGAGAAAAUAUGGGAAAGCAGAUAUCAAAGUUGUUGGAUAAGUUUGAAUGUGACAUGAUAUUGUUACCGACAAAUCUGGCCAUGGAACCGGCGGAUGUGGGUGGAAACCCGGUGGUGAGUGUGCCGAUGGGUUAUUAUCCUGAGGGUACAGAGGUGAUUCGAAAGGGUAAUGGGUUGGUGGAUGUAGGGCCGGGCAUUCCGAUUGGAAUAUGUUUUAUAGGAAGAAGAUGGGAUGACGCAAAGUUGAUCGCAGCAGCGUAUGCAUAUGAACAGGCUACGAGGUGGAGAGAGAAGGGAAAGUUGGUCGUGAGGUGUGGGAUUGAGUUAUCUGUGUUGGGAUGCGAUGAAAAAGGUGAGAAGAAUUAA